ACUCGGCCAGCAGCGCCCAGGGGCCGCUCGCUGCUGUCUUGGAGGCUCGCGAGGGAGGCACUGGAUCCGCCAGAUGGAGGCAAGGUCCGUAACUCGGGGCCGAGCGAGCCGAGCCGGCGCUUCCUAUCUCUGUAAGGUACAGAAACGAGAAAGCGGUCGCCCAGCCUCUCGGGGGCAACAGUCAGACUUUAGGCGAAGGGGCAGGCUCAGCCAUGCGGCCCCUUUAAGAGGGGGCGGGGCGCAGCCUGCCGUUUGGCCGCCCUCCGCACCCUCCCCCCGCCCCAGGCGAGAGUUGACAGACCAAUCGCCCGGGUGGCGCAGGGAAGGCGGGAGAAUGCGAACUCUUCGGUAGGGCGAUAGGGGCGGGGCCCCAGCCUUAUUAGGAGUGAGUGCUGCGCAGGCGCAGUUGCGGCCGCUGGCCAAGGGGCGGGGGCAAAUCCACUGAGACUCCGACAGGCACCGGGCUGAUAGAGAGGCGAGAGGGAAGCGAGGGGCUUGUCACGGGGAUCCGGGCGACCGGGCAGCCCUGGUAGUGUCCGGGGAGUCCCAGGAGGGACAGCCAGUGUCACCGCCCGGGAGCCCGCCGCCGUCGGUCUCGGGGAACCCCGCUGCUCUCUCCCAGCGAGGGAGGGGGCCGGAGGGAGCCCCGGUCUCGCCCCGCCCCUGGGCUUGUUACCGCGGGGGCGGGGAGUAAGGGUUUCUUCUGGGGGGAGUGGAGAUCGGGGGACUCGGCGGUGCCCUCUCGAGCGGCUGCCGUGUCCCCGCGGCGCCGGGCUGCCGAGCGGAGGAGCGGCGGUCGUGGCUGUUGCAUGUGUGGCUGCUGGAUGCGGAGGCGGCGGCGGCGGCGGCGGCGAGCAGCAGCAGCGGCGGCAGGAUGUUAGGGCAGCAGCAGCAGCUGUACUCGUCGGCCGCGCUCCUGACCGGAGAGCGGAGCCGGCUGCUCACCUGCUACGUGCAGGACUACCUGGAGUGUGUGGAGUCGCUGCCCCACGACAUGCAGAGGAACGUGUCGGUGCUGCGGGAGCUGGACAACAAAUACCAAGAAACUUUAAAGGAAAUUGAUGAUGUCUAUGAAAAAUAUAAGAAAGAAGAUGAUUCAAACCAGAAAAAACGCCUACAGCAGCAUCUCCAGAGAGCGUUAAUCAAUAGCCAAGAAUUGGGAGAUGAGAAAAUUCAGAUUGUCACACAGAUGCUCGAGUUGGUGGAAAACCGAGCAAGACAAAUGGAGCUGCAUUCACAGUGUUUCCAAGAUCCUGCUGAAAGUGAGCGGGCCUCAGACAAAUCGAAGAUGGAUUCUAGUCAACCCGAAAGAUCUUCUAGAAGACCUCGAAGACAGCGGACCAGUGAGAGCCGUGACUUAUGUCACAUGACUAACGGGAUUGACGACUGCGAUGAUCAGCCGCCGAAAGAAAAGAAAUCCAAGUCCGCUAAGAAGAAGAAGCGCUCCAAGGCCAAGCAGGAGAGGGAGGCGUCACCUGUCGAGUUCGCCAUAGAUCCCAACGAGCCCACCUACUGCUUAUGUAACCAAGUGUCUUACGGGGAGAUGAUAGGCUGUGACAAUGAACAGUGUCCCAUUGAAUGGUUUCACUUUUCAUGCGUUUCACUCACCUAUAAACCAAAGGGGAAAUGGUAUUGCCCAAAGUGCAGGGGAGACAAUGAGAAAACCAUGGACAAAAGUACCGAAAAGACAAAAAAGGAGAGAAGAGCGAGGUAGUGAAGGCCAUCCAUGUUUUAAAGGGUUCUUUGUCUUUUAUAGAAUUGGUUUACUUUCAGAAAAUGUUUUAGGGUAAAUGCAUAAGACUAUGCAAUAAUUUUUAAUCAUUAGUAUUGGUGGUGUAUUAAAAGAUGUUGUACUUUG